CGGGUCACGUGGCCGACGCACGAGCGUGAUGCCUGUUUACUACUUCUGCGCUUAUAUAACCGGGGAACACGCUGUUUUUGCCCAUCAUUAGCGAAUAUAAUAGAAGGGAUUUAGGCCCGAAACGGAUCCUUUUUUUUUUGGACGUUUUCCCCUGCAGAUCGAAGUGUACUUUUAAAUUCGCUGCGCUGUGACUCUCGUGAUGAUGUAGCUCCGGAAGGGGGUGAUGUCAGCGCAGCGGCUCCGCACCGCCAGCGGGACACACUCUCACGGUCUCGCACGCUCUCACACACACACUCUCUCUUCCGGCAUAGCCGCGGUGCUGUAAUAAUUAUAGCAGCUAGAAGAGAAGAAGAAGAGGAGCAAUAAUAAUAAAAGCAGGAAUUGCUUCCCCUCUUCAGGCUCUUCUGCAUCAUCAUGGACAGCGACGACGAGAACCUGGAGGAGAUGGUUGAAGGACCCCUCGACGAAGACGACCUGCCGCACGGCCUGUGCACCAUCGCCUACUCUUCGGGCGACCGCUUUGAAGGCCACUUUGUUCACGGAGAGAAGAAUGGCAAAGGGAAGUUCUUCUUCUUCGAUGGGAGACACAACCGUUUGAAAGGUCCUUCAAGCACCCUGGAGGGCUUCUACGUGGACGACGCUCUACAAGGCCAGGGGGUGUACACGCACGAGGAUGGGGGUGUGCUGCGCGGUACCUACGUGGACGGCGAGCUCAACGGCCCCGCCCAGGAGUACGAUGCCGAUGGCCGACUCAUCUUCAAGGGCCAGUACAAGGACAACAACCGCUGCGGCGUCUGCUGGAUCUUCUACCCGGACGGUGGCAGCGUUGUGGGCGAGGUGAACGAGGAGGGCGAGAUGACGGGCAACAAAAUAGCGUACGUCUACCCUGACCACCGCACGGCGCUCUACGGUAGCUUCGUGGAGGGCGAGCUGAUCGAGGCCAGACUGGCUGUGUUGUCGUCGGAGGAGAACGGCCGACCGCACUUCGACGUCGUCCCAGACCGCCCCGUCUAUGCCUACGACAGGUCAACGUCCACCUGCAUCGCCACUCACACCUUGCUGCCUGAUCCCUACGAGUCACAGCGGGUCUACGUGGCGGAAUCUUUAAUCUCAGGGGCUGGAGAAGGGCUCUUCGCCAAGAUUGACGCGGAGCCCAACACGGUGAUGGCGUUCUACAACGGGGUCCGCAUCACGCACACGGAGGUUGACAGCAGGGACUGGUCUCUCAACGGCAACACAAUAUCCUUGGACGAAGACACCGUGAUCGAUGUCCCUGAACCCUUCAACGACAUUAAGAAGUACUGUGCCUCGCUGGGGCACAAAGCAAACCACUCCUUCACUCCCAACUGCAUCUACGACCCGUUUGUCCACCCCCGCUUCGGGGCCAUCAAGUGCGUGCGCACGACGCGAGCCGUGCAGCAGGAUGAGGAGCUGACCGUGGCCUAUGGGUAUGACCACACGCCCUCAGGGAAGAGUGGGCCCGAGGCUCCCGACUGGUACAAGCAGGAGCUGCGGGCUUUCCAGGCCGGGCGAGUGGCCCAGCCGCAGUGAGAACCGCGUGGCUUCCCAACCCCAGCUCCCAUUACCCCCCCUCACCCCCGGCACAGCUGCACCAGGGACUAAUGCGCCACAGGCCACAAUUACCAGUACACAGACACGCAGCCCAGGAACUAUGCACUACAGACCAACCAGGGAUCCACAUUGCCUGCAGCUCCUCCCACCCACCGGCUAACGUGUUAGCAGUGCGGGGUGAAAAGUUUAUUUCUUGAACUCACAUGACGUUGCAGUCUUGCAGUAUGCCUUCUCUGCCAUUAACCCCACCCCCCCCUUUGUGUGCAUGCAUAUUACAUUUAAAAUAGUUCUGUGCAACUACCGCGCUACACCUGAGUUCUACUGAUAUAUUUUACUGACACUCUGAAGAUUCCUGAACCCAGGCGUUCGAAAUGACGUAAGACAACUUCUCACCUUCUAACCGGUAGAAAUGCUGUGCCGUUGCAGUAAAACAGUACGUGUGUCUACAUCCUCUUCACUGGUGCAAAUAUUUGGUGUGUUGUACACUUUACCAGUAUUCCCUUUCUGGGGUUUGAACAUGGACCCGCCGGUAUUGAGCGUAUUUCACGCGUCAGGAAUCGUUUGCCUGUUUAACACAACCUCCAAAUAUUCAGUUCAGAGAUCAUUUCCUUGAGGAAAGCGGUAUGCCUGGAUGAAGGAACAAGUGUACUGUUAUGUUUCCAGCAGUCUACCAUCUCUUAUUGGUGUCUGAAGAGAUUUCUAAAAGCCGCUGUUGAAAGACAACUUUCAGACACAGGGUUUGCACCCUUCUGUGCAUGUGAUCUUGUUUUGACUUAUGAAGUGUGAAUUGAAUAUCAUGCUACAUUGGCUUAGGUGCACUGUCAGUUAUGUCAUUGUAUAGUGAAUAAGAAUAGAGCUUAAUAUUUACUAUUAGGCUUGCUUAAAUUUUAACCUAAAAUAUUUGUAUCAGUGUAAUGAUAUCUUAGUAUUUACCUCCAAGAGAUUUAAAAAAAAAAAAAAAAAAAAUUGCUUAGCACAAUUUGAAUGUAAAAUAAUCAGGGCUGCAAUUUCUGCAGUUUAAUUCCCUUAAAACAGGAAUAUCAAAGGAAGAGUAUUUUAUUUAUUACAUAUGUGAACUGCGCGAGUAAGAGAGCUAAAAAGAUGGAUAAACAGAUGGUGUUAGUGCAGGUUGGUGUCAUGAGGUUUUGGUGUAAGUGCAUGCUGUCUAAAAGCAAUUGCAAGCCAGGAGAAUUUACAUUUCAUCCAUGUUUUUUUUUUUUUUUUUUAGGGCCAUUGUCAUGAAGGAUGCUUUGCAGAAACAUGAUGUGGCACUAAACUUUUGGACUAAACCUAUUAGUUUCACUUUCAAUGCAGAAAAAAAAAA